AUGUUGAGAUCGCUUGGCGCCAAGGUUGAGCCAGGUGACGAGCUUGAUGAUUCCGGAUCGCAGACCCCAUCUCAGCCCGAUAUCGACGUGCACGAGGACAUCAGAGACCAUUUACCUUCUCGAAUCGAAGGGUCAACACCAAAGCUUGUCACGACAGAGGGAACAUCCAGGUAUUUCGACAGUGCGCCCUGGGCUAAUCUGGGAGCUGAAUUUCAGCAUCCAGAAGUUGAAGGCCUUGGUGAGCCCAUGAACAAGUCGACCGUUGAUGAGGGGGAGCUCUUCUUCGAGCCUGAGCAGACGCACGCACCUGGGAAUCUCGCAGACCUUCACCCACCUUUCCAAUUGCUACUGAAACUCAAGGAAGUCUAUAUUGACCGGGUAGAUGCUCUGGUGAAAAUCGUGCAUGUUCCAUCCUUCUGGAGCACAUUGAUGAACAGGCUGCAGCAUCCUCAAGGUUUGCCGAAGAGCCUCGAGGCGUUAGCCUUUGCAGUUUAUUUUGCAGCUAUCAGUUCCCUGAGCGACGAGGAGUGCCAAGAUAUCUUCGAGGCAUCAAGAUCUGCUUUGGUUUCCAGAUAUAGGAUUGCUACCCGCCAAGCCUUGGUGAAUGCAGAGUUCUUAUCAACGUAUAGUCCCAAUACUCUUCGAGCAUUCGCAAUCUUCACGAUCUGUAUGAGAGAUACCUACAGACUGGACACAUUGUAUGCUUUAUCUGGGCUCUCCAUACGACUCGCUCGCAAGAUGGGACUCCAUCGAGAUGGCGCAUCACUUGGCCUGUCACAUUUUGAAACUGAAAUGAGGAGGCGACUCUGGUGGCAUCUUGUACAUGUCGAUUUUCGUACGGCUGAUGUACUUGGUACCAGGCCAUCUCUGGAUCUUUCCAGCGGAGACGCCAAAAUGCCUUGGAAUGUCAACGACGAGGACCUGCAGCCAGACAUGACCGAAUUGCCACCGGAACGCAACGCAAUCACUUCCAUUGCGUUAUGUUUGCUAAAGACUGAGCUCUGGGAGGCCCUGCGACAGUUUUCUUCUUUGACGUACCCGCCCGGCGAUGUACGCUGGGAGGCAGUCGGUAGCACUGAUGUUUCGGUCGCAAGAAAAGACAGCUUCAUAAAUCAGUUGGAGGACCGCCUGGAGAGCAGGUACCUGCGCUAUUGCGAUCCAUCAGAUUCGCUCCACGCUUUUGUAUCAGCCAUGGCCAGGACGGCGAUAUGUAAAAUGCGGCUGUUUGCGCACAGUCCACGACAAUUUGCCCAGAACCCGGGCGCAGUCGCGCAGAGCGAUCGUGACAUUGCUUUCGCAAACGCCACAAAACUCCUUGAAUAUGUGACUUGGCUGAAAGCAGGACGCCACGAUAUGGGCAAAUACAUGUGGCAGAUUGGCACAAGUCAUUUGUGGAACACCAUGCUUUACGUGCUUAUCGAAGCUCGGCACUGCAAGACAGGACCCCAGGUCGAAAAGACCUGGCAGUUGAUCGGGAAAGUCUUUUCGCACUACCCCCAGGUUUUUGAAGAGUCUACGGGAGCGGUGUAUAAAGCUCUAGGCAAAUGGACGUUGGACGUCUGGCAGGAGUACGUCGAGGCUUUGAAGUCUGAAGAUCUACCCUUGCCACAAACGCCUAGAUACAUUGCUGCACUCCGCCGCUGUCGGGACCCCACAAGAGAAUCAGGGUCUGGGGUCAGGAAUAACACAAUGGAGGCUUCUGGCUUACAAGAAAAAUCUGUGGAGAAGAUUCCCGCUCUAGGCUGGAAGGAUGAAGCGACCUACGAUGGGCUUUUGCCUGACUGGGCAUCAUUUGAAUCCUACGAGAUCCCCGAGCUUCUGUCCUUCGAGAUGGACCCAAAUGAAUGGAUUCAAUGGGAACAAUUAGUGGCAGGUCACGGCAGCCACACUCAAGUUUCAAGUCUGUAA